UCGGCGCGUGCGGAAUUAACGAAAAUAGUUUUGGUGUUGAGAAAAUUAAAGGAAACGCGCUCAUAUGCAGUAAUUUAUUUUUAAAAUAAAGUAUUUAAAUUUUAUUUGUACUACAAAGUAAAAGUAUCUUGAAGCUAAAAGUGUGUCAUAUAAAAUCACAAUUAAAAAUAUUUCAUAUUAUAAAAGUGAGUACUGAAAUUGGAGUCCAUAAGUUUAGUUUAAAUUACACACCCACACAACCUACCAGCAUGGCUAGCAAACCGAAAUUUAGCUUCGAGAGUGAACCGCAAGUGACCAUUGAGGAUGUCGAUGACAGCGCCGAGGAUCGUAUUGCCACGAGCUUCGCCGGGCGUACGCUCUUCAUAACGGGCGGAACUGGCUUCCUUGGUAAAGUGUUGCUGGAAAAAUUACUCAGAUCAUGCGGUCAGUUGAAGAAAAUCUAUCUGUUAAUACGACCAAAGAAAGGCAAAAAUCCCCAAGAACGCAUUAAGGACAUUUUCACUAAUGUGCUAUUCGACAUGGUUAAGCAACAGCGCGGUGAGAGCCAAAUUCUUAGCCAAGUGGAGGCUAUUGAGGGUGAUGUGUUGCUGCCGGGUUUGGGUAUUUCUGAAGAAAAUCUAUUGAAGUUGCGCGAGGAAGUUUCCAUUGUUUAUCAUUGUGCUGCGACUAUACGCUUUGAUGAACCGCUGCGCAAAGCAGUCUUUAUGAACACGCGUGGUACCCACUAUAUGCUACAACUGGCCGCGACACUCAAACACUUGGAUCUCUUCGCUUACGUCUCCACGGCCUACUGUCAUCUACACAUCAAAACUCUAUACGAGAAACCCUACGAUCCACCAGCGAAUCCACAUCAAGUUAUGCAGGCCUGUGAAUGGCUAAACGACGAUGAGGUUGCUACCAUAGAGAAGAAAAUCUUAGGUGACAUACCCAAUACUUACGCCUAUACAAAAUCGCUAGCUGAGGCAUUAGUUGUGGAGAAAUUCAACGAGUUGCCCGCAGUUAUACUCCGUCCCUCCAUUGUCAUACCCAUAUGGAAGGAACCCUUGCCCGGUUGGACGGACAAUAUAAAUGGACCAACGGGUUUAUUGAUUGGCGCCGGCAAAGGUGUCAUACGCACAAUGUAUUGCAACUCCUCUGGCUAUGGCGACUUUCUACCGGUGGAUAUCGCAGUGAACGGCAUGCUCGUGGCUAGUUGGCGCUUUCUAACGGCAACCGAUCGCAGCCAAGUUAAUCAAGUGGCGCAUAUGACCAGUUCGAGUGAAAUAAAAGUUUCCUGGAAUGAGAUCAUCGAAUGCGGACGUUGGGUUAUAGAGAAUAAAUUGCCAUUGAAUGGUGUUGCCUGGUACCCGGGUGGUUCCAUGAAGUCGAACUAUUAUGUACACGCUAUUUGUAUGGUGCUCUUCCAUUGGUUGCCUGCAUUGUUUGUGGACGCAUUGCUAAUACUCUUACGAUAUCCACCUGUACUGUGGCGUGUGCAGAAACGUAUCAAUAACGGUUUUCAAGUUUUCGAAUAUUACGCAAAUAAUGUUUGGAAUUUCGACAACACAGAGGCGGUGAAAAUGCGUGCUCAGAUGAACAAGAAAGAGCGGCUCACUUAUAUUAUUGAGAAGAUCGAUGUGGACCUGGUCGAUUAUUUCACGCAGUGCGUGCUCUGUGCGCGGCGUCUGAUACUGAAGGAGAGCGAUGAGACCAUACCCGCCGCCAGAAGGCACAUGAAGAUCAUGUGGUGUGUGGAUAAGCUGGUCAAAGGCUUGUGGAUUGCCUUAAUUGUCUAUGGAUUGUACCGUUGCAUAUUUUCUAACUAUUUUACUAGCAAUACGACUCUGGCUCAACCGCUGGAGACAUUUUAGUUGACCUUCUUCCUCUUACGAAAUACAUUUAUUUUUCUAUUUUAGGCAAAUAAUAGUUUAAUUUUUUAUACCAAAUGAUUAUGUAACUUGUGAAACGCAGACAUGUCUAUGUACGUAUUUGAUAAUAUUUUAAAUAAAUUUUAUACAAGAA